AUGGACGUAGCGAAUGAGCCGCCGGCGACGACGGAAUCGCCACUUCGCCGAGUCGUCAGCAGCGAUCCGUCCGCUGCCGCUGCCGCCGCUGCCGACGAUGUGCUGCGCAAGUUCAAAUGUCCUGAAUGUGGUAAAGCGUUCAAAUUCAAACAUCAUCUCAAGGAGCAUAUUCGAAUUCAUUCCGGCGAGAAACCGUUCGAGGUGAGUUCUGAGUGA